AUGCGCUUUUCUAGCAUUGCUGUAAUUUUUCAAUGUGCAAACUUCCUUGGGUCGGCUCUCGCUGCCUAUCAAACUUCUCAUAUUGCAGAGGAUCGUAAAAAGUUUGACUGUAACGGAUUCAUUAUUAAGUAUGUUGAUUAUAGAGAUGAUUAUUUUUUGGCAGCACGAAGUAUUUUAAACGAUGAACAUCCCCAUCCGACUUCGAGAGGCUUUAUCAGUGAUUAUUUGGGGAUUGGAAGCGAUACAAGAUUUGUUUUGUUUUUAGAUGAGUCCUCAGUGGCUUUUUAUUCCUCUGAUCUCAGGAUACCUAUGAAAACUGAAACAACCAACCGUGGCACACUACAAACCUCCUAUUUUAUUAUACUCGAUAACGAAUCCCGCACAGUUGCCAUGUUCAUGAGGGUUACCAAUACUCACACCGACAGAUUUGGUGAAAGCUGGACAGGGACAAGCUAUAAUAUAUGUGGCAUUGUUAGGAACUAA